GGUCAUCAGCUGUCGAAUUUCCUACUCAUUGACAUUGCACAGAGCCAGGAAAAGAAUCACGAUCCACAAAAGAAUUGUAUUUAAAGAACUCGUGGGACAGCGAAGUAUUUAUAGCAGUACAUGAAAGAUUUUGUCUUGCUGAUUGAAGUGUAGUAACACCAUGUUUAGCUUUGAAGGGGAAUUUAGGAGGAAGCCAGUGGUUUCCAUGAGAGGUGCAAGUAAAAAGGAAAUGACAUCAUCACUGCUGCAGAGAAACCAAGAGGAAAGACGAAAGAGAGAGGCGGUUAGGAAUCGACUUAGAAGUGCCAUUAAAAUACAGUCCUUUGUGCGGGGCGCCAUCUGUAGACGGAAGCUGAUGCGAGCCUACAGAGCGAAAUGGGAAGACAUGGUGAAGUCUGUCCAGCAAGACCAUAUUGAGAGCCAGUCACUUGAUGCACUUCUCAGGCUUCUCAUUCGGUUUUACAAUGAACGAGAAGAUGUUCAGAGAUUGACCUGGUUGUGCCAGACUUUGUUGAAACACAGAGAGAAGAGUAUCAACCUAUUGAAGCUACAGCAUCAGACUUGGCUCUAUCAGACCAUGCAUAUUCUAAGGCUUUGCUGUCGUCUCCUGGAAGCACCUUCUUCUAUCCCAAUCACAAUGCCCCUCCGAAUGCUUGAAGUCUUUACGGAUGUUACUACCUACACAAAGAAUGGAAUAGCCCUGGAUGAUGCAAUAAAAACUGUUGCAGCCCUACAGAUGUACCUGGUGCAAAAUGGUUAUUACAAGAAUCUCAGAAGUUUUAUCAAUGAGAGACUGCCUCCUGGAAUCGACGUAUCACAUCCACCGCCGAUAGCUCAAACCAGCCUUGACCUAACCUUGAGACCUCUCAAGGUCACAGGUCAAUACCCAGCCUACAAGGGUCAAAGAAAUAUAGCUUUGUGUUCCUUAUGUCAAGAACUACUAUGUCGGCAGUCUACUGAUCAAAUCAGUGAGUUCCUUAUCCCUGCCUUGGCCCAGAGAGAGGGUGGUAUACGGCCUGAACAGCUCCUUGAAGCCCUCUUACCAUCACUGACCAAUGAUACUGAUGAACACAAUGCGCAGUUAGGGGUGGAGCCAUCGCCAUGGUUACUCUAUGCCGUUAUGACCAUAGUAGGACCUUAUGUCGAUCAGUUCCCUUCGGACCUUGUGAUCCGAUAUCUACUUCUGCUGAAGAUUCUCUUACCAACGUUACCGAGCGCUGAGAGGCUUCAUCAUAUGCUUGCUGCUGAUGAAGAUUCUGAUAUGGAGGAGGAUGAUGUGAGGGAUGUCGUAGAGUUUGGAAGUGCUUCUACCAUCUCAGAGAUACGUGAGCAGUGUGUAAGACAGGUCAACUCUCAAGCUCAUGUCCAGUGUCUGAUUGCGACAACGACGCAGGGCAACGUACCAGCCUUGACAGCUCUUUGUACUUUAUGCCAUUCGUUAAUGGUGGAUCAUAAACUUCAUGUACCAAGAACAAGGUUACUCUACUCUCUUGCAAUAAACAAGUCAUUUUUGAGACAUCUCUGGAUUACACUGAGGAAUGUAUCAUCUGUGUCAGUAACAGGGUCACGUAUCCCUUUGCUACAGACGAUAUCUAGAGGGAUUGAUCUUCCAUCGACUGACAUCAAUCGUAUCAUCCCUCUUCUAUCCGUCUUCUGCUCUCUGUUUGGUCAUCUUCUGAUGUCUCUCCAUGACUCCGAGUUCUAUGGUGAUGAUGCAGAUACGAAUCGGAACAGUCUGAUGCCGUUCUCACGUGACGAGCUGGUCCAGAUGAGCAUGGCUCUACGAAAUACCUGCCUGGGAAUGGUAGAGCUGGCCUACCCAGAGACUACCCCAUCGGUCACUUCUGACUACUCCCUAGCCAUGGCCAGUAUAGGGGUCAGACAAAGGGUUGACCCUAAGAAAGCAGAAAAGGUCAUGGCAACAUGGCUUCAUGUCUUUAAGGUAACAACUCAACUAAUAAAGCAGCUCCACUCUCGUGACAUCAGACGCUCUUUCUGCCCACUCAACCAUUGGCUCGCUCCAAAUGUCCAUGUCCUAACUGAAAGGUCACGAGGGGUCAGGGGUCAUGGAGGAAGAAUGUACCGGCCGAGGAGACUGCAGCUGUUGGCCCAGCCCAACCCAGAGGAUGAAGAAGGUCCUCCACCGUCCACCCACAUGGCUAGACGACUCGUCAUCCUGGCCGAGAUGCCCUUUGUAAUACCCUUUGAAGAAAGAGUUCAGGUAUUUCGAGAUUGGGUAUUGGCCGAUAAACAGGAUUCUCAGGGGGAAUUUGCUGGUUUUUUACCGGGCAAGGCCAUUGACAUCAUUAUCAGGAGAAACUACAUCUAUGAAGAUGCUUAUGAUAGGCUUAGACCAGAGAAUGAGCCUGAUUUUCGGAAAAAGCUCCGAGUGACCUUGAAGAAUGCCCAGGGGUUGGACGAGGCUGGAAUCGACGGUGGCGGUGUAACCCGGGAAUUCUUGACACAGCUUAUGAUGACAGGCUUUGAUCCAAACAGAGGGUUCUUCAAGACGACGACAGACGAACUGCUAUAUCCAAGCCCGCAGUCGCCCAUGCUCAUGGAAGACUUCACCAAACAUUACUACUUCAUUGGAAGGAUACUAGGAAAGGUGCUGUAUGAGAACUUGUUAGUGGAGAUCCCCUUUGCUAGUUUCUUUCUCUCUAAGAUUUUAAGCAGACAUACCAAUGUUGACAUCCAUCAUUUAGCUUCUCUUGAUCCUGUUAUGUACAAGAAUCUGCUGUUUCUAAAAGAUUACAGGGGAGAUGUGUGUGACCUUGGAUUGAACUUCACCGUUAUGGAUAAUGACUUUGGCGAGGCUCAGGUCCAUGAUCUAAAGCCUGGCGGAUCUGAGAUCCCUGUUACAGCAUCUAACAGGAUAGAAUACAUACAUCUGAUGGCCGACUUCAGGCUCAAUAAACAGAUCCGGCCCCAAAUCCUUGCCUUCCGUCAAGGUCUGUCGGAUGUCAUCGACCUCGAGUGGCUACGCAUGUUCAACCACCAAGAACUCCAAGUCCUCAUCUCUGGUGCCUCGAUGCCCGUCGACGUCGACGACCUCCGCCAGCAUACCAACUAUUCCGGGGGUUACAAGGAUGACAGCCCUGUCAUCAAGAACUUCUGGCGAGUGGUGGAAGGUUUCACCAACCCUCAACGGAGACAUCUGCUUAAGUUUGUGACGAGUUGUUCGAGGCCACCUCUCCUUGGUUUCAAGGAACUGUAUCCAGCUUUCUGUAUCCAUCAUGGCGGCAGUGAGCUAGAUAGGCUACCCACAGCAAGCACCUGUAUGAACCUUCUCAAGCUACCAGAGUUCGGCAAUGAGGAGACUCUAAGAGAAAAACUGCUUUAUGCCAUUGAAUCAGGAGCUGGCUUUGAGCUGAGUUGAGAGCAAAAAAAAGGACUUUCAAAGUCGGUGCGACAUCAACUUUCAUGGGGAAUGGAUUUUUAUUUGCUGUCCCCAGACUUUGUAAAAAGCAUUGGAAAUAAAAGACAUCUUUUGGGGAAAGCAAAUACAGUGUACCAGCGAGGAAUCUUUGAUCAAGUCACAUUAGCGUCAGUCUGCAACAGUGUCAGGUUAAGGAAUGUGAGAUAAUUACUUUAUCAUUUGGCGUUUUCUAAUUGCGUGAUACCUUAUCUACCAUAAGGUUGACCAUAUGUGAUUUAUAUCAGAAUGGUGUCGGAAUUACCAAGGAAAGCUGAAGCCCACUGACCUUAAGUGAACAACUAAACUAUGCACACAGGAUUGUGUGGAGAAGAAUUAUCUACUAGUAUACCUUCGAAUCAUCAGCUGAACUGGAGAGAAAAAAUGGUCCUAUGCCAUCGAAACAGGGUGUGGCUUUGAGCUGAGUGCAAGAAAGACUAUUAGAGAAAAAUCAAAUUCUGUAGGAUCAGGCGCUCAGCUGUGUACAUAAAGGACAUUUGAGUUCAAAACAAGCUACAUUGUAUGCAAUCAACAUUAACCGGUGUGUUGGCUCAGUUGGUAGAGCGUCCGUCUCACAACCAGGAGGUUGGGAGUUCAAACCCCGGCUGCAUCAGACCAAAAGACGUUAAAAGAUGGGAGUUGCUGCUACCCUGUUUGGCGUUCAACGAUUAAAGGGAUAGAGCCUCGUCGAUCUGGCGCUGCACAGCGGCUGCCGGGCCCACGAUCAAUAAAAGCAAAUUUUCGGAGUAUUUCAUUUCAUGUCUAUUUCGAACAAUAAAAUAUGGAUUUUCAUUUCAUGCCACUGGGCCUGAGCACAAAAGAGAUAUUGAGAAGGACUGCCUGAAUCUAUACCAAUGAAUCAUCAGAGUGCACAAAUGGUUGCAAAGACAUAAAGUAUGGUUUUAUGCAAUUGAAUCAGAAACUGGCUUCCAGCUUAAUACCAAAAAGCUUUUAAGAGCUGGCUUUUUACUAAUUUGAUUCCAAAAUUGAGAGCUGGCUCUGAGCUGAGCCGAGUGUAAAUGAGUUUCCUGAGAAAAUAUAUCGAUGUACUUUUGAUCAGGAGCUGGAUCUUAACUGCUCCAAGUCCAAAAAAUGAGAGCUUGCUUGGAGCUUGCUUUGAGCUGAGCUGGAUGCAAAAUGAGUUUGAAGAGAAAAUAUAGGUAUAACAUUGAUUGGGAGCUGGCUUUCUAGUGAUCAGAGAGAAAAAAACAGCAGCUUUUAGCUGAGCUGAAUGCAAAAUUAGUUUAAAAGCAAAAUAUGUCUAUAAUAGUUAUCAGUAAAACAAAGAAAUGCAUAAUACGUAAAAAAAAAACCAAUGAAAUAUAUAAGGAAACAUUUUAUACCAAUUUGUUAUCUGUUCAUUUGAUCAGAAUCCCAUAGAGUCUCUAAAACAAGUCAGGAGUUCACAGGUAUUAUUUAUCAAUUGACAGCCAAAAUAUACUUUUAUGCAUUUUACCAUAAUUACAUGUAAUCAAUGUAGAAUAAAAUGAAUACCGUAAAUGUAGUGUAAUUUAGGUAUUUGACCCAAUAGAUUAUUUUAUACCAUCAUGCCAAUUUAUGUUGCAAUCACGUGAUCCAUGGCCAAGAAUGGGGGGGGGGGGCUUAACGUUCCCUUUGGCUAAAAUCUGAGGAGGAUGUUGAGGUUAAAGUAUUUUUGAAAAUCCCUAAAUUUUGGCUAUGACAUAUUUUGAAGGGGACUUCAUGACCAAAGUUGGAUUAAAUACCCAGCAUCUGAUAUUUGAUUUCAUCAUUUUUAAACUAUAUCAUAUUUCCUCCUCAUUCUUUUCUUUAAAAAAAUUUCAUGACAUCUUUGAAAUUUACAUUUUGGUUAUUUCCCAGGUCAUGGUCUGCAUUACGUUUAGUACCUUUGUUCAAUCUAUUCCGGCUCACAGAGCCCGGGGAUACAUGUACCAAUUAUUAAAAUAUUUGCUGGUCGUUCAUUCAAUCCAUUAUUUACUCAAUACUUCCUCAUACACACAAGCAGCGCCACUCAAUGGUAGUAUUCUAACUAUUUAGGAAAGAAUAUUUUUUUAUUGUUAUUCAGAGUGCACUCAUUUUUUGUACGGAUUCUUUCAUUUGAGGGGAGGGGGUGGUGGGCUGUUGAAGGGGAGCUGGUAUAGCUUCUUAUAUAUGCUAGUUUUCUUUAAAUAAGGAAAUAGGAAGUCUAAUAUAUUCAAAUAUAUUAUUAGUUAUGUACUGGAACUCGGAUUUCAACAAAUUAAUUUUACAUGAACAUUUUAUUUGAAUUAUUGGCAUUUGGCAGCCAUUAGAUGUUUGAACUACAUGUAUAAUUAACGUUAACAUGUAUUAAGUUGAUGAUGUAUUUAUACUUGAGGAUUCUACUUUACAUAUCCAGACCUCAUUGUAAGCUACUGUUACAAGCUACUGAGAUCCUGUAAUUUAAUUGGGAGAAGGUGGUGACUGAAGAAGACAUGGACAAUGCAAGUGGUGGAUGAGAGUAGGAGAACUGGGUUGAGGGAGAAGGAUGCACUGAAAAGCAUAAAAUGGAGUGCCAGGUUAAUCCGGCCAACCCUGUAAUGGGGGACUUAACCGGGAUUUAAAACCUGGAUGACUUACUAAUUGGCUAAGAGCAAUUUUAUUAGGAUUUUCAUUGUUUUGUAUAAUAGUUUAUUAUUAAACAAGACUGAGGCCAAGUUUAAGUGGAAAUUUACACAGGCAAUAUUAUUAAUUACAGUACAUGUAUAAGCUAUACUUUCUUGAUCCAUGCAACCGGAGCCCUGUUAUAAUGAGACUUGAUAUUAAUUCUUUGUCUAUUAGAAUCCCAGAGCUGGUGGAUUAUGUUCAAUGUUAGUGUGGCUAACCAUAAAAUGAUUUAUUUUUAUUUCAGCAAUGAUUUCAAUGCAUUGUGUUAAUGCCCCCUAAAACAAAAUGAUCAAUGAAAUGAUGUUUGGUACCAGGAAUUCUGAAAAUGGCACAAAGUGAAGAAGUGCUUGAAUUUUUUUGACUGGCAUUUAUCAACAGUUAUUUGAUCAUCGAUUCAGCUUCCAUACUUUGUUUGAUUUUUUAAUUUAUAGUCUUCUGCUUAAUAUAUUUGCACUUGUUAAGUGUCAGUCAAAGAUUUCAAAUGAUAAAAUGAUAGAUAAAGAAUAUCAUACAAGUUUUAUCUAGAUCAAAACGUAUACUGGUAGUGUAUUGCUUGCUGGCAAACCAAUAGCUGUUAUUUUUGUUUGAAAAUAUGUGCAUAUGAAUGAUAUCUAAUAUAUUAUAUUUAUGUUACCCUAUGCAUAAAUUUGUUUAUGUUUUGUAUGAGUUUCGUCUAUGAUUCUGUCAGUAAAUGUGUGACUUGUAAAAGGCAUAUUGGGUAUAAAUUGGCACACAUGUUAACACUAGGUGAGGAACAAAUUAUGCCUAUUGUUUUUCUAACAUUACUAAAUGAAAUUAUUUAUUGGGGUGUAAGAUCUUGUAACACUUUUAAUCUACAAUACCUAUUUACAAAUUGACUGAAAGAUGAUAAGAAUUUCAAGGGUAUUUCAUCAGAUGGCUUUUAAUCAAAGUAUUGUUUCAUAAUAUCCAAGUCCUUUAGAAGCGCAAAGAGACGUUAUUCAUUAUGUGUUAUGCGCUAUACAAGAACGGACUAUUAUUAUUAUUGAUUCUACAUACAUGUAUAUCCUUAUAACAGAAAAUGCAGAGCAAUAAUAGGUUUGUCCUUGAAAAAUAAGUUUUUAAAUGGUUAGCUGAAACCCAAAUGUUCUCAUUCUAAUUGAAUUAGUCAGGAGCAUAUAAAGUUUAUUUUGUACAAAGUGUUGAAGGCACUUUAUUAGUUGUUCGAUAUUUUUAUUUUAGAUUGUUCACUCUAUUUUUAGGAUAAUAAUUGACUUUUGCCCAUGGGAUGAUGUACUGUACAUGUAUCCUACUGAAUUUUAUUAUUUUUUUCAAAUUUGUUUUUCAGUACUUAUAUUUACGUUUACACUCUAAUUCUCUUUACAUAUUAUUUAUAAUUGUAUUAAAGAAUGUACAAUUGAUCAAUAUUUGUUGUAUAUGAAUUUGCAUUGAAUAUUGUAUUGAAAUACAGUCAUUUGAUUUAAUUA